AUCAAAUGCUACUGUAUGAAGAACCCUAAACCGCACUAAAUCCCUAAAUUCACCUCUUCUGAAUCUGAUCAAAUCCUACAUUGAUUCUCUUCUCUUCUCUUCUCUUCUCUUUCUCUCGUCUACGUCGCCACCGCCUCGCCUGCGUCGUCUUGUCGGACUAGUCCUCCACGGGGCUUGUCCAAGGAAGAUGAUUAAUAUACACUAAACCCUAAGGUGCAGGAGUAGGAUAUAUUCCUGAUCGAGACCUUUUUGACGCACGAGGUAAUGUUUGAUAACAUGAUGGAGUGGAUAUUUGCGAUGGAGUUCAAGAGAACAUUAAUUUGAGUUCUUGUAACGGGAAAACAUUCGAAAAUGCUACAAAGUAUUCCCCACCAGAUUGUGCAGUCCCCAGCCAGGUUAGGCCUGCCAAACCCCAACUCUCCGUCUCUUCAGAACCCUAACCCACCUAAAUUCUCGUCUCAAAACUCGCAAACUCAACAGUCCCACCAGCCACCGAAUCAGUUAACGACUCCUGGCGUAUCAUCAACUCUGCUCCCUCUCUUACCACCUCUCCCCAGAGCUCAAUCUCUUCUCCUUCAAAUGGCAUCUCUUGCCUCUAAACUGUUUGAAGUCUCACCCAAUCGCCCACAUUGGAUCAGUGCAUUUCGAGGUUCUCUGCCUUCUUUCCUGUCUCCACAAGCACAGUCCUCAACAUCUGCCCAGGCAGACUCUGUUCUCUCUUCUGCCAAAGAAAUCAUCGCCCAAUUCACUACCCUUCAGACUCAGCUCUUUGAAGCCGUUGCUGAACUCCAGGAGAUACUUGAUCUUCAAGAUGCUAAACAGAAGCUCGCCCGUGACAUCAGGUCCAAAGAUGCUUCUCUUCUUGCAUUUGCCAACAAGCUUGAGGAAACCGAACAUGUUCUUGACAUGCUUGUUGAUGAUUAUUCUGAUUACCGUCGCCCUAAAAGAACCAAGUCAGUGGAUGAUGCAGACGAUUCCUCCAAAACUACAGUUGAGACUCAGCUCAAACUAUCAGAUAUACUCUCCUAUGCACAUAAGAUUAGCUACACUACCUUUGCACCUCCAGAAUUCGGUGCUGGGCAAGGUCCUCUCCGUGGAGCCCUCCCUCCCGCGCCACAAGAUGAGCAGAUGCGCGCAUCACAGCUAUAUAACUUCGCUGAUCUGGACAUAGGGUUGCCCAAAACAGAAGGUAAAGAGAAAAUCAUCGAAGCACUCAUUGAAACCUCUGCUGCACCACCUGCAGAAAGCAACCCACUGGCAAGCUUAUCAGCAAUCCAAGGCUUGAACCCUUCUACUCUAGUUGCGCCACCGGGAUGGAAACCUGGUAUGCCUGUGGAAUUGCCUAUCGAUCUAUCAGCGCUACCUCCUCCGCCUCCCGGGUGGAAGCCUGGUGUCCCGUUGCCCCCACUGGAUGCUCUCCCUCUUCCACCAAGAGUUGAGGAACAGCCGAGGCCUGGCCCUCCUCCUGGUCUGGUGAAAGCUCCAGAGCCUAUUCAGGUACGACACGUGCAGCUUGAUAUUGAAGAUGACAGUGGUGAAGAUUUUAGCAGUGAUGACGCCAGCUCUGGUAGUGAAGAUUGAUGGUUGAUUGGAGCUACGGAAAUUGUUUUUUUUUUUUGUCAUUUAUGCUCCAAGCUUUAGAUGGUUUAAUCUUCUCCAUUUUUUUUAUCAGUUGCUCAGGAAUGUGGUUAGUUGUACUCUUGUACCUGUACCACUUUGUUGUGGAUUCAAUGUUUAUUGCUCAGAUGUUUAUAUCAUUGUCUUUAUCCAGUUAGGUUGCAAUCAGCCUGCUAAACUAAACACUUCACAUCAUUUGUUCCAUCUGUGUAAUCAUUUCAUUUGUUUC